AUGGAGAGAUCAGAUGAAGGUAAUCCUGAACAGAGGAGGACAGAAGGCCAGACAACUGAAACCAUUGUUGCAGAUAGCAUUGGAAAUUCUUACCGAAUAACACAGAUGUCGACAGUAACAAAUGAUAUUCCUGCAAUGAGGCGCAUUGAAGUUUGUAGUACAAAUGCUGAGGGAGCCACAACAGUAUUCGAAACUUAUGUUUGCAAUGAUGGGGUCAUUGCAGAUGAAGCAAUUAUAAAUUAUAUUUAUGUCGACAUAACGAACCCAGAGAGAAGUAUAUGCCGUACAGUUCCAUUACCGAUUACACGCGAACAAGCCGCAGAAAUUGUUGGAUUACCCACUCCUUGUCUUGAGGGAAAUAAUGAUCCUGAAAUUAUUUGUGCAAUUUGCCUUGAACGUUUUGGAGAUGUAAAUGAGGAAAUAAAGAAAUUGCCGUGCGACCGUGUAUUUCAUUACCUGUGCAUUCUUAGAUCUACUCAAUUGCGAAAUCUGUGUCCCAUCUGUCGCCGUCCAUAUGACCGCCGCUCUGGACAACAGAGAGAAGUACGCUAG